UCUCAGAAAUUAUUGAUCUGAAAAAUUGAACCCAAUAAUGGAUGGAGAGUGUAAUUACGAAGGACAUUAGCGGGUAAUAAUUUGGGUUCAAAAUAGAAAAGAAAUGUAUGAGCUUAAAAUGCCUAAUGGCAAUGUGCCUAAUUGAAACCCAGACAGAAUGUAAAUUGCUUUGGUUGCAGAUGCUCUGCUAUUACAGUGUACAGCUUGUCUGUCUGUCCUUCUCUGCCAAAUUAUUAGCUGCCUUGUCUUUGGAGUCCCAGCACGGUGUGGAGGGCUGGAGAUGUGUAACAAAUUGGCAGCUACCGAUCAACAAUGCCCAAUAGCUUUUAACAGAUGACAUUUUUAAGAGUUGCGAAUGAGGACCUUGUUGGAAACGCAACAAUUUGAUGCCUGGCCAACACUAAAGAAGUACAAGAUUGCUGGAUAAAACUUUCAAUCAGAAGAUAAUGGCUCUCAAUGUGGUGCAAGUUACUUUAAUUAUUGAAGCAUUUGUCGGGGAUCUGCCCAAAGCCAUAGAGGAGAACAUCCGUUGCAAAUCACUAGAAGCAACACAGUGGAUGUCAAACAACACACACGAAAUGCUGGUGGAACACAGCAGGCCAGGCAGCAUCUAUAGGGAGAAGCGCUGUCGACGUUUCCGUCUGAGACCCUUCAUCAGGACAGUGGAUAUCAGAUCACCACAUUGUGUGUGCUCAGCAAGAGAGCACCAGAUGAGACAUGUGACUCUGUGGGAAGAACUCUUCUUUGCAUUAGAAGAUGGUUAUUCUCCAAGAAGUAUGGAUCUUAACAACUCCCUGGUCCACUCAUCUGUUCCAGCAACUACUUCGUGUCUUACAUCACUUUUCAAUGCAAUUCUCUACAAUGGUGAAAUCAAACACAGAUUUGAUAAUUACUUUCUGAAGUACCUGUGUCCUUGCUGCAGGAAUAAUGUGAAGAUUCUGAUUGUGGGCUGCUUUAGCUCACCAUUCCAUUCCCAAUCUGAUCCUUUUGGCUGUUGCUGCUGUGCAUUACAAGGAAGCCCAAUACAAGCUCAACUUUCAUCCAGGUUCUUCGAACCUGUAUAUGGGAGCAUUUGUUGAUUGAGACCUGGACGUCGUUAUGAAAGUACCUCCAUUUUUGAUUCCCAGCCCAGUCUCUUUCCAGCCCAUCCUAGUCUUCCCCCCUUCACCCAUCUUUGUCUCCUCCCUGCUUCUCUAUCAUCCAGCUUCACACAUUCCCACCCCCUUCUGGUUCUAACUAUUGUUCAUCUCUGCCUUCUCUAAUGAUUCCCAUUCCCGUUAACAGAUUAGCAGGAACUCAGCACUUAUCUCCCCCCAGAUGUCUCAUGUAUCCUCACUCCCCUUUCCCUUCCCUUUGCUCCAUCUGCUUUUCUCCUCCUGUCUCUCUUUGCCAUCUGUCAUUCACCAGUUGCAUUCUACUAUUUCCAGUGCUGCUCACCUCCCCUACCUAGCACCUAUCUACCUGUUAACUUUCCCCUGAUCUCCAUCCACUAAUCACCUCAGAUUCCUUUCGUGACACUCCCCUUCUUUCUGUGCUGGUCACCUUGUCUUUCCUCUCUCAGUCUGGAUGCAGGGUUUUGACCUGAAACAUCAUCAAUUCCUUUCCUUCCACGGAUGCUGCUCGACCUGCUGAGUUCUUCCAGAGAAACUGUGCACAUUGAUUUGUUGUGAUCACGAUGCUUCAAUACAACGAUGGACACUGGAGAGAGUUGCAGCUCUGGUAAUUUGAUCAGAAGGCGUGUUUAAGUUGAAGUUCCUAUUAAUUACAAAAGGAACAUGUGAAGGCAAUAAAAGCUCUAAAGAAUCAAUUAUAUUUUGAAA